AUUUAACCCCGGAGCGCCGCUGGUGGAAGGCGCGGGUGGGCUUCGGCGCCCUGGUAGUCCUCGCCCUGUCCGGCAGCCUCCACCUGCCCAGUGACCAUGAUCGUGUUUGUCAGGUUCAACUCCAGCCAUGGUUUCCCAGUGGAGGUCGAUUCUGACACCAGCAUCUUCCAGCUCAAGGAGGCGGUUGCUAAGCGACAGGGGGUUCCAGCUGACCAGUUGCGUGUGAUUUUCGCAGGGAAGGAGCUUAGGAAUGACUUGACGGUGCAGAGCUGUGACCUGGAUCAGCAGAGCAUCGUUCACAUUGUGCUGAGACCCCAGAGAAAAGACCUAGAAAGGAACACACCUGGAGAGGACGGCCCCCGAAACGCUGCCGUGGGGGGCUCUGAGAGGGAGCCUGAGAGCUUAACGCGUGUGGACCUCAGCAGCUCCGUCCUCCCCACCCGCUCGGUGGGCCUGGCUGUUAUUCUGAACGAUGACUGCGAGAAGGAUGCCCCGCCAGCUGGAAGGCCAGCAGGGAGACGAACCUACAACAGCUUUUAUGUCUAUUGCAAAGGUCCCUGUCAGAGAGUGCAGCCAGGAAAACUCAGAGUGCGGUGCAGCACCUGCCAACAAGCCACACUCACCUUGGCCCAGGGUCCGUCUUGCUGGGAAGAUGUCUUAAUCCCAAACCAGAUGAGUGGUGAAUGCCAGUCUCCAGACUGCCCUGGGACUAGAGCGGAAUUUUUCUUUAAAUGUGGAGCACACCCGACCACUGACAAGGAAACAUCAGUAGCUUUGAACCUGAUCACGACAAAUAGUCGAGACAUCACCUGCAUAACAUGUACAGACAUCAGGAGUCCUGUCCUGGUUUUCCAGUGCAACUACCGCCACGUGAUGUGCUUGGACUGUUUCCACUUAUACUGCGUGACAAGACUUAACGAUCGGCAGUUUGUCCAUGACCCUGAGCUUGGCUACUCUCUGCCUUGUGUGGCUGGCUGCCCCGACUCCUUGAUUAAAGAGCUCCAUCACUUCAGGAUUCUUGGGGAAGAGCAGUACAAUCGGUACCAGCAAUAUGGCGCUGAAGAGUGUGUGCUGCAGAUGGGGGGCGUGCUGUGCCCCAGCCCUGGCUGCGGAGCCGGCCUACUUCCCGAGCCAGGCAGGAGGAAGGUCACUUGUGAAGGGGGCAACAGUCUGGGCUGCAGGUUCGUCUUCUGCCGGGACUGUAAGGAAGCGUACCACGAAGGUGAAUGCAACGCCCUAUUUGAAGCCUCAGGAGCAGUCACUCAGGCCUACAGGGUUGAUGAGAAGGCGGCAGAGCAAGCUCGGUGGGAUGAAGCCUCCAAAGAAACAAUCAAGAAAACCACCAAGCCCUGUCCGCGUUGCCACGUGCCAGUCGAAAAAAAUGGAGGAUGCAUGCAUAUGAAGUGCCCGCAGCCCCAGUGCCAGCUCGAGUGGUGCUGGAACUGUGGCUGCGAGUGGAACCGCGCCUGCAUGGGGGACCACUGGUUCGACGUGUAGCCGGAGCAGCUG